GCUGCUGGGAGUUGCAGUUUCGCGAACAGGUCCCCGUCUUCGCGUCCUCCCAUUAUGCUCUGCGCCUCUUGCCGCCCCCUAGUGGCCCGGGCGGCCACCACGCUUCCUGCCCCACCCAGAGGCCGGGGCCCUGCAUUUCGCUACCAGCGGCGGGAACUACAUUUCCCAGGGCACCCCGAGCCGCCCUCUAAUGACUCCUCAGCGGGCCGGCUGACAAGACAAAGCGUGCCUCUGGGCCGAAGGGUGAUCCUGAGGAGGGGGAGGAUGCCGCCGGCCAUAGGCGGAGGCCUGGCAGGAUCCGAGCUGCGAUUCCGGAGGGGCCGCUGCGAGUCCCAGGCUGCUAGGGUCGUGGGUCGGGACGUGGCUGCUGAGGCUGCAGCACGAAACCCCAAACGGCCUGCUAGGGCCUCGCGGCGCUUUAAGGCGGCCGGCCGGUGGGCCCUGCUGGCCCUGGUGACGCUGCUGUCCUUUGCCACACGCUUCCACCGCUUGGACCAGCCAGCGCACAUCUGUUGGGAUGAGACUCACUUUGGAAAAAUGGGAAGUUACUAUAUCAACCGCACCUUCUUCUUUGACGUGCACCCGCCUCUGGGAAAGAUGCUGAUAGGUCUUGCUGGCUACCUGAGUGGAUAUGAUGGUACCUUUUUGUUCCAGAAGCCUGGGGACAAAUAUGAGCAUCACAGCUACAUGGGAAUGAGAGGAUUCUGUGCGUUCCUUGGUUCCUGGCUGGUCCCCUUUGCUUACCUUACCGUGUUGGAUCUGUCCAAGUCGUUCCCAGCAGCACUGCUCACUGCCGCCCUCCUCACCUUUGACACAGGAUGCCUCACUCUGUCCCAGUACAUCCUCCUUGACCCCAUCCUGAUGUUCUUCAUCAUGGCUGCCAUGCUGAGCAUGGUCAAGUACAACUCCUGCGCCGACAGGCCUUUCUCUGCCUCCUGGUGGUCCUGGCUCAGCCUGACUGGCAUCAGUCUUGCUGGUGCUUUAGGGGUCAAGUUUGUUGGCCUCUUUAUCAUCGUGCAGGUGGGGUUGAACACCAUUUCAGACCUUUGGCACCUGUUUGGAGACCUGAGUCUUUCAUUGGUGACUGUGGGAAAACACCUGACUGCUCGCAUCCUGUGCCUUAUAGUGCUGCCCCUGGCGCUCUACGUGGCCAUUUUUGCUGUUCACAUCACAGUGCUGAAUAAAAGUGGUCCUGGUGAUGGCUUCUUCAGUUCCGCCUUCCAGGCCCGGCUUUCAGGGAACAACCUUUAUAAUGCUUCCGUCCCUGAACACCUGGCCUACGGCUCUGUGAUCUCUGUGAAGAACUUCCGGAUGGCCAUUGGUUAUCUGCACUCGCACAGGCACCUGUACCCCGAGGGCGUGGGUGCCCGCCAGCAGCAGGUCACCACCUAUUUGCACAAGGACUAUAACAACUUGUGGAUCAUCAAGAAACACAAUACAAACUCAGAUCCCCUAGACCCUUCAUUCCCAGUGGAAUUCGUGAGACAUGGAGACAUCGUUCGACUGGAACACAAAGAGACCUCUCGGAACUUGCACAGUCACUAUCAUGAGGCCCCCCUGACCCGGAAGCACUAUCAGGUCACCGGCUAUGGCAUAAAUGGGACGGGGGACUCAAAUGAUUUCUGGCGGAUUGAGGUUAUUAACAGAAAAUUUGGGAACCGGAUAAAAGUGCUGAGAAGUCGAAUUCGCCUCAUUCAUCUGGUCACAGGUUGUGUCCUGGGCUCCUCAGGAAAGGUUCUGCCCAAGUGGGGCUGGGAGCAGCUGGAAGUUACCUGCACACCAUAUCUAAAAGACACCCUCAACUCCAUCUGGAAUGUGGAGGACCAUAUCAAUCCCAAAUUGCCAAAUAUCAGCCUGGAUGUGCUGCAGCCCAGUUUUCCUGAGAUCUUGCUGGAGUCCCACAUGGUCAUGAUCCGGGGGAACAAUGGCCUUAAACCCAAGGACAAUGAGUUCACAUCCAAACCCUGGCAUUGGCCCAUCAACUACCAGGGCCUACGCUUCUCAGGGGCAAAUGACACAGACUUCCGGGUCUAUCUGCUUGGCAAUCCGGUGAUCUGGUGGCUGAAUCUGGUGAGCAUUGCCCUCUACCUCCUCUCAGGGAGCAUUGCUGCCAUCGCCAUACAGAGAGGGGCACAGCUGCCUGCUGAGGUGGAAGGGCUGACCAAGAUCCUGCUGCGAGGAGGAGGCCAGGUGCUGCUUGGGUGGGUGCUCCAUUACUUCCCAUUCUUCCUGAUGGGCCGGAUCCUCUACUUUCACCACUACUUCCCAGCCAUGCUCUUCUCCAGCAUGUUGACAGGCAUUCUGUGGGACACCCUCCUGCGGCUCUGUGCCUGGGCUUUGGCUUCCUCUUGCCUGGCCAGGGGCGUACACGCCUUGGGAAUCCUGAGCCUGCUCCUGGGAGCUGCCUACAGCUUCUACCUCUUCCACCCUCUGGCUUACGGGAUGGUUGGUCCCUUAGCCCAGGACCCCAAGAGUCCAAUGGCAGGACUAAGGUGGCUGGAAUCAUGGGACUUUUGAGGCCACUGCAAGGACCCCAGCCUGGAUCCAGGAACUUCCUGGGGACACCAGCUGUGAGCCAGUCCCUGGACCCUUCGGCUGCGGGAGCACUGCCUCAGGAGCCUGGAGAGUUCUGCUGCCUGCCAGGACUGAGCUCCGGGAGUGAACCCGGAUUAAACUCAACACUAAAAUGAGCCACAGCCUGUCUGCAGCACUACAGAGGACAGCGUCUCCUAGGCCCAGUUCCCCAAGUGUGCAACACAAGGGAGGAUGAGCAUGCAUGAGGGUGGGUGUGAGUGUGGGAGUGUGUGUGUGAGAUGCACACUUGUCCAAAUCCCUGUGGAAUAUGGACCGUGUAACUGUGGACAGCUGAGAGUCAUAAACUCUUAAGAAAUAGUCCAGGGCUACAGUAAUAUUUUCUGGUAUUUGUUCACAUUGGAUUUGGUUUGGUUUGGGUUUCUAAGAUCCCUUAGAAAGCCUCUGACCUGCAAGAGGGCCUCAGGGACUGACCCCUGGGGAUGUCACCAGGGGCAUAGCAGAUGGGACCGUUGAAGCCGCACUACCCUCCUUCCCAUAAGCAAACAAGUCCAGCUGAAGAGAGCAAGUGUCCUGCACUGGAGGGCCUGCUCCCUGCUGCCUCCUUGAGUGUCCUCUGUGACCACAGGUGGCUGAACUUCUGCCUGCAGUGUGCAUGGCACUGGGCUUCAGCCCUGUUCCCCUUUCUCUGGGAAUGUCACACUGAGGUUGAUGGGAAGAACCCCACCCUGUCCUUGGCAGCUCCAUGUCCCUUGGCCUGUACUCCAGAGGGUCCUUCUCACUGUCUGUCCCUUUCCUUCUAUAUCUGACUUGGCCACAAGGACCAGGACAGCCGCUCUCUCCUGAUCACCGGGAAAGCCCUUGGGAACCCUUCAUAACUGCUAAGACAGAUAAAGGGAGAGCAGGGUCUGUGGCUCUGUGCCAGGGCAGGGGGUGCUCUGGCCCAUCCGGACCAUGACGUUCCCAUUCCUGCUGGACCUCUUGACCUCUCCAGUCCUCCCCUGUUGAUACCCUCUUUGGCUAUUGGUGCUUCCCUUUUCCUGUUCACUGCUUCACUGAUCUCCUAUCCCCAAACCCAGAACUCCUGCAGAUGCACAACAGCUCCAGCGUCUACCACUUUGAAGCACAGCUGAGGAGCUCAGAGCCUCUCCUUCCACUUGUCUCCCCAGAGGGAUUAGGAAAACUUUUGGGUCAGAACCAAACCAACCCAAGGCCAGCCCUUCAGCCUGCCUCCCUCCUCUCAGUACAAGACAAAAAUGUUUAUUUUGUCUCAGAGGAGUUUGAUGUUUCAGGGUUUAAUGAUGAAUCUCUGCCACGUUUCAUCUUCCCUUGCAGUAGUUCCCAACAACUCUGACAGGGUCAGAGCUCUUUAAAGCAUCUUCAGGAGAUGGUUGCCACGGAGACUGGAAAUUGGUCUCAGGGACAGACUGUGCUACCUCUUGAGUGGUAGGGAGGGAAGUUUCUGGGCCAUGCGUGGACGUUCAGACCAAGCAUCAUUAAUGUUAAUAGAGGAAAUGCAGCCACGUGGAAAGCAAGGCAGAGUGGCUAAUUAGAUCUGAGGCCCCAUGACCUCCCUCUCCCACGGCUGCAGCCCUUUUGACUCCCCAGCAGGAAGUGUGGCCUGCGUGCAGAGUCUGGGUCGCCUGCUAAAUUGCAUUUCUGCCAGGGGAGGAGAGCAGAAUGGAUGAGCUCUGGCCCUUGCGCCCUCCUCCUCACAGGUGGAGUUGGCUUCUCCUGAGCUGGGUGUGGGCACCAUCUGGAUGGGGUCUCAGAGGUUUGGAUGCAGGAAUCUGUUGGCUCUUAGCCAAGAUGGUGACCCAUGAUGACAUCCAGGAGGUGGCUUCUUUUCCCUUUUGCCUUCUCAUUUCCCAAGAAGAACUUGUUGGAAGGGAGGCAUUUGAAGAAGCCAAUAGGGUGACCUCUGGAUGAGGGGAAGCGAGGAGAGAGCUCAGCUAGCACCCACCCACCCUCCCUCCUAAUUUGGUCACACUGGGGACAAAAGUUCCCUCAGUCUCUUGCGCUGCUUUCCAAGGAUGGAAGAAAGAGGGCUCACUCCCACUCCUUUUUCUCCACACUCAUGCUGGCAAACACUUCUCUGGGGACAAGGCCACAUGGAGUGGUACAGCUGCAAGGGGCUCAGGUGCUGUUUGGAAGGUGCUGGGGGAAGAGACCGUCAGGUGCUGCUCUGAAUGUGGGCUGCAGCCUUGGGAACUGGCAGAAAGGUGACAUAUCUCACAGGCUGCAGGUGGAGGAGGAGACAUUUGUCAGUAAGCCCAACCUGGAGCCAGCAUCUUGAGCCACGUUUUAUUUAAAUAAAAAAAAAAAAAAGAAAGAAAAAGAAAAGUGGAACCGUAAGCGGUUCCUUUUGUAAUAAAUAGCUCUUGUUCUGAA